GACGCACUGGGCAGCUGCGGAUGAAAUGCCCACUUUGACCGCAGUAUAUACAUAAUUGUGCACUAUACCUGCGGUUGCGCUCCUCGUGUGUCAGCCUAGUGCGGCCCCACUGCAGUGGCUCGGUCCUUCCAGCGGGGGGCGGCGCCGCCUGCGCACCAUCAGAGGCUUGGACAGGAAACAGUGAUGGCCGCGGAAUGACCGAGAGGCGGGUGUGCCGAGCGGCCGGCUGUUCUCUUCGUUGUCUCCGGCGUUCAAGCAGUCGAUUGUCAAUAUUUAUGGCUUGGCGGACAAGAUCGUCCAGCGAAUCCGAUUCGUCCCGUGUGGCCAAUUCAUCUUUGAUAGUCUCAUCUAGUGCGCAGAUGAAGAUUUCUUGUAGCGCUGCGUCAUUAAAGCGGCUUUCAGCCGCCAAACACCGGAACUCCACUGAGAAUUCGGCGACGUUUCGAGUCCCUUGGCGAGCCGACAUGAGCCGUUUGGCUGCCUCUUUGCCGCGGACAGGAUGGUCAAAGAUUUUGCGCAUUUCCUCGGUGAAGCGGGCGUACGAGAGACACACAGCGGAUCCCUGCUCCCACACGGCCGAAGCCCAAUCCAAAGCCGCCCCCCGCAAGGAAGCGAUGAGAUAAACUCACUUUGUUAACCAGCUUCUUGCUCAUAUUUGAGCACCCAUCCCACUUCCUGCUGAUGUCUUCACCACCGGUGAAGCCCUGUCCCCAGUCUGGACUUUCAAAGGCACUGGACUCUCUGUCCAUGUCUUCUUUUUUAUCUGGAGAAUUAGACGAGGAUGGGCCGGACGGAGGUCGGGAAGAAGAUGGUCUUAGAGACCUGGAAGUCAAUCCAUAUGAUGGCCUGCCUUUUUCUUCCCGCUACUACACGCUACUGCAAGAGAGGCAGCAGCUUCCAAUAUGGACGCUCAGACAGAAUCUAUUGGAGUGCCUGGAGAGUCACAACAUGGUGCUGCUCAGCACGCCCAGCGGAGUCGGAAAAAGCACGCAGGUGCCACAGUGGUGUGUGGAGUAUGCUUUGUCCUAUGAAUUUUCUCAGGGCCUGGUGUGUUGUUCGCAGCCUUACUCGGUGGCAGCGGUCAGUCUGGCCUUUCGUGUGGCCGAUGAGAUGGACCUCAGCUUGGGCCUGGAGGUGGGCUACGGGGUGGCUCAUGAUAACAGUUGUACACCGGACACCUUACUCAGGUUUGUCAGCGAUACUCUCCUGCUUGAGGAAAUGAUGUCCGAUCCGUUGCUGCAUCAAUAUGGCGUCGUGGUGUUGGACGAGCUCCAGGAGCGCACCGUGGCAACGGACGUACUGCUCGGCCUGCUGUGCGACGUCUGCCGUCAGAGGCCGGAUAACUUCCGUGUGGUUCUUCUGACUCACCCGAGUCUGACUCCUCGACUCGCUUCCUUCUUGGGCCCAUCUGUACCUCACCUCUACUUGGGAAAGCUUUUCACUGAGGCAUCUUCAAAUGGACAAGAACAGGAAAGUGCGGUAGAGGAGGAGAGGAACUCUAGAACCCUGAAAAGGAUGGAGAUCAUGUACCGGGAGCUUUCACCUGGGAAGGAGCCUGUGGCUACUGCAUGUCACAUGGUUCUAGAUCUUCACCAAAGAAGAGAAGAGGGCGAUAUGAUGGUGUUUCUUGCUAGUGUACAGGAAAUAGAAGAGUGUGCUGCACAACUCGAGGCCGCGCGUGUAGGCCUGAGUCCUCAACUUGGUUCACUCAAGAUUCUCCCGCUCCACACCGGACUAGGUGGGCUGACUCAACGAGUGUACAACACAGAAGUGUCUACGCACAGGGAGAAUGACGGGACGGAGGGAAAGGACAGCACAACGUUGGAUGCUGAUGAUUCAGGCAUUCAGAGAAAAGUGAUCCUCACUAACGGCCUGGCUGAGGCUUCCUUCUCACUACCUGCCAUUCGCUAUGUGAUAGAUACAGGCCUUCAACUCAAAACUGUUUACAAUCCUCAAAUAAGAGCAAACUCGCAGAUCUUGAAAACAAUCAGCAAAACACAAGCGGACAUGCGAGCUCAAAGAGUCAAUAGCAACCUUCCUGGGCUGUGUUUGCGCCUAUACCCCCAGUCUCUGUACGAUGACGGCAUGGGGGAAGCUCAUUGUCCCGGGGUCAUGGAGGAAAAUCUCAGCCACCUAGUCUUGUUGCUCAAGAGACUGGACAUUGCCGACAUGGGUCAAUGCAAAUUCCUUGACAGACCAGCCCCUGAGGCUUUAAUGCAGGCCUUGGAGGACUUGGACUACCUGGCAGCACUGGAUGACGAUGGUAACUUAUCAGAAGUAGGCAUCAUCAUGUCAGAACUGCCACUGGAACCACAUCUGGCUAAAGCCCUGAUCGCAGCCUGCGAGUACGACUGUGUCGAUGAGCUGCUCACGAUAGCCGCCAUGCUGACAGCUCCAUCCUGCUUCCUGAGACCAGAACCGAGCAAAGAGGAAGCUGCAGUUGCUCAAUGGCGACCUCUAAUGCACAAUGAAGGCGAUCACAUGUCUCUCAUUAACAUUUACAAUGCCUACAUCAAACAUAAUCAGGAUGAGGUGUGGUGCGCGACACACUUUCUGAACCACGUGGCCUUGCGCCUGGCCGGGGUGAUCAGGGCCGAGCUGCUGGAGGUCAUGCAGCGAAUAGAACUUCCUGUGUCACAUCCUGCUUUUGGGUGCCAAGACAACUGCACAAAUAUCAAGAGGGCUCUCAUCUCUGGCUUCUUUCUCAAAGUAGCUCAUGAUGUGGACGGUUCUGGUAACUACCUCCUGUUAACUCACCGGCACGUGGCUCAUCUGCACCCUCUCUCUUCCUACCUGUGUCGGCAGCCUCGCCCCACGCCUCCAUCCUGGGUUCUCUACCACGAGUUCACGAUUUCCUGUGAUAACUGCAUUCGCAUAAUAUCGGAGGUCCACCCGAACAUGCUGGUGGAGUUAACACCUCAGUACUUUUUGGGAAACCUGCCCUCAAGCGAUGGCAAGGAACUGCUCAUCAAGCUGAGGCAGAAUUUGGAGCCUUAUGAACGAGAUGCUCACGGAAGGAAUCCCGUAGACGGGAAUACCGAUGGAACGGGCGAGACUCAAUAUCAGUCUAGCACUGAGAUGUGCGUUGUCCAAUGAGAUGGAACUUCUCUUAGAACAGACAUUUGUCACUAGGAAAGGAAAACACUAAUGUUUUAAUUACGAGUGAGAAAAUUUUCUCCUUAUUGCAGUGGGGUUAACUUAUUUCAUGAUAGCUUUUUCUAAAUUUAGAACAAAAAAAAAUCAAUGAAUUUUUUUCCCCAAAUUAAUGGAAGAUUAUUCUGAGUAUAUUCAGUCACUUUGGACACUCUUUGUUUCGGGAUGGGAAUCUGAUGUUAUUUUAAAUAAACCCCUGUCAUUUUUGGGGGGAAAAAAAUAAUACAAAAAAAAUAUGACAGACACCUCAAGACCACAUUUCUUAAUGUUUUUGAUACUGUUUGUACAGUCUUUGUUUUUGUUCUCAGGUCUGUGAGAAUGGAAGUCAUUAAAAAUGUUCAAAGUGGACUCCAAUCUAACUCAAUGCACACAUUCUUUGUACAGAACUGUUUCAUUAAAUACACAUUUACCUGAAACAACAUUGCGACAUGUUUUUUGUUGUUGUUGUCAAACAGGCACAAAAAUAGUGAUUUGAUGAAAGAGGAAACUGUAAUUAUUUUUUUCCAGGACCAAUACGACAACAAUAUUCAAUCAAAUGAGGAGCUGUCAAUAAUGCAUGAUUUCAACAAUUUUGAUUCCUUCCAAAAAAAUACAGGGUGUCCCCGUGUUAAGACCAGUGUUGGGCACGUUACUUUAAAAAAGUAAUUAGUUACAUUACUCACUACUUCUUCCAAAAAGUAACUGAGUUAGUAACUGAAUUACUCUAUGCAAAAGUUACCAGGGAAAGUAACUAUUUCCGUUACUUUAAAAAGAACUUGUUGUAUGUCAAAGAAUUUGAAAUUUUCUGAGCAGUAUUAGAGUCAGUGGAAUAGAGAAGAACAGACAGGUAGUUAACUUGUUAAGUGCUCCAGCAGAUUUGAAUUGCUUACCAUAGAUGUCGACAAAAGCUUUGCCCCAGGACAUAAAUUACACAUUACAUGCAGGUUCUUUCCUUUAAUUUCGACAAACUUGAAAUAGUGUCUAUGUCCCCACCUCUUAAAGGACCAUUUUUCUUCUGAAUGCUCUGCCAUCCCGACCCUGUGCAUCUGUUUUGCGUGUGUGUGUUUGCCGCACGCGCUGUUCCGGGUUGCUUGUAAAAUCACUGGCUCUGACUGGCUCACCACGACACAUGGCUCUAACCCUCAGCCAAUCACAAUCACAUCCGUCGCAUCUCUCGAGGAGCCACAUUCAGGUGGGCUCGUUUCCCGACAAUUCACGUCACCUUCAAAGCGUCUGCCGUCCUCAAGAUGGAAGCAGAAUUAUUGCUGGCUGACAAUGGGAGAUGGGAACGAGGCUAGCGUCAGGUGUAGCAAACGCAGAAACGUUAUCAAACUUUGGAAAGCAUUGUCUAAUUGAAUGGGCAGGGAAAAACAGCUUGUCAGAAGUACGAGCGCUAUUCUCCAACCUGAACGCACCCCAAGUCUUGGAUGACAAAUCAACAGAGCAGAGAGUCGACUCGACACGGCGGGUAGUUUCUUCAAUUCAUUCAGAGUAAGUAACGCACCGCUUUGACAGUCAGUAACGGUAACGGCGUUGUAACGGCGGAAAAAGUAAUUAGCUAGAUUACCCCGUUACUGAAGAAAUAACGCCGUUACUCCCAACCAGAGGUUGCGCUAGACAUUUUCGUUGUCUGUCAUUUUGACUGACAGGGUCAUAAAAAUCCGGUCAUAAUCUAUUUUUACCCGUCACUUAAAUUUUUAAAAUGAUAAUGAUGACAUAAUCAAUAGUAUUUAGUUUUCAUUCAUUUUUAAUUAAUAUUGUAACGCUUGCUUGGCGGCAAAAAAUUAGACACGGAAGUCGUGGUAUUUUUCUUCCUCUUUUUACUCUGCUUACCGCCAACAACACCAACAAAACAACAACUCCGCCCCCCCCAAAAAAAGAGGCAACUAUAUAGACCCCAAUCACCAACGUCACACAAUGAUCUU